AACGAAUUUGACAGCAAAGAACGACGGAGACUAAAGUAAAGGGGAAGCAACGACGACUGACUCAUCUCUCCUCCUCCGCCUCGCUAGCUCUGAAAUUGAUCGGAAGUAAGGUUCUGUGAUUCCGAGUUGAUUCCUCCGGGUUAGGUUCUGAUAUCUCUUGAUCAGCUCAAUACUUAUCCGAAGUCAAGGGAUUCGUGUUUCUUCCAGCUCAAAUCUACUGGUUUUGAGGUCCUAUGAAGCUCUAGGUGUAUGUUGGAGUGAUUGAAAGACAAUAACACGUGUACCACGUCAUUAGAAACGAUGCUUGAGGGACCAAGAUUCGAUGUGCUCGCCGCUGGCCAUCACAACAACGACCACAACUACUACCCAUUCACCCAAGACUUUUACCAAAAGCUAGGCGAAGAAGAAGGUACAAACAUGUCCACAGACAGUAUGCAAACAAGUAACGCCGGAGGCUCCGUCUCCAUGUCUGUGGAUAACAGCAGCGUCGGUUCAAGCGACGCUCUUAUUGGCAACCCCGGUUUAAAGCCUAUGCGCCAUCCCUACUCUCUCUCCGUUGGACAAAGCGUCUUCCGCCCCGGAAGAGUUACGCACGCGCUCAACGACGACGCCUUAGCACAAGCGUUGAUGGAUAGUAGCUACCCAACCCAGGGACUCGCAAACUACGAAGAGUGGACGAUAGAUCUGAGGAAGCUUCACAUGGGACCCGCUUUCGCUCAAGGAGCGUUUGGUAAGUUGUACAGAGGGACUUACAACGGGGAAGACGUAGCCAUCAAGAUACUCGAGAGGCCAGAGAAUAGUCCGGAGAAGGCACAAGCUCUCGAACAGCAGUUUCAGCAGGAGGUCUCUAUGCUCUCGUAUUUGAAGCACCCCAACAUCGUCAGGUUUAUCGGCGCAUGCAUUAAGCCGAUGGUGUGGUGCAUAGUGACUGAAUAUGCAAAAGGAGGUUCGGUGAGACAGUUUUUGACCAAGAGACAGAACCGAGCUGUGCCGUUGAAGUUGGCUGUUAAGCAAGCGUUGGAUGUUGCUAGAGGGAUGGCUUAUGUCCAUGAGAGGAACUUCAUACACAGGGAUCUGAAGUCAGAUAACCUCCUCAUAUCAGCUGAUCGGUCCAUCAAGAUUGCUGACUUUGGCGUUGCGAGAAUCGAAGUUCAAACCGAAGGGAUGACUCCAGAGACAGGAACUUACAGAUGGAUGGCCCCAGAGAUGAUUCAGCAUAGACCCUACACUCAGAAAGUAGACGUCUAUAGUUUUGGAAUCGUGCUGUGGGAGUUGAUAACGGGCCUUCUACCGUUCCAGAACAUGACGGCGGUUCAAGCUGCUUUCGCGGUGGUGAACAGAGGAGUGCGUCCAACGGUUCCAGCGGAUUGUCUCCCUGUGCUUGGCGAGAUCAUGACGCGUUGCUGGGAUGCGGACCCUGAAGUCCGUCCUUGUUUCGCAGAGGUUGUCAGUCUUCUUGAGGGGGCCGAAACAGAGGUAAUGACGACUGUGCGGAAAGCCCGUUUCAGGUGUUGCAUGACGCAACCAAUGACAAUCGACUGAUCUGUUGUGUGAAAGUAAGAGAGAGAGGGCAUAAAAAGAAGAAAACAGAGGAAGCAAGAAAUGGAUUUAGAUAUAUAUGUAAGUUUGUGUGUGUGUUGAUAUUUAAUAUCCUGUUUGUAUCUCUUUUCCAAAUGAUAGGAGAAGUAACCCAACCAUUUUAGACCACUAAUACUUUUGUAUGAAGUAAGAAAAAGGAUGUACUGCGACGACUGUCUGAAGUGUUUGGUUUAGUUUUCCUUGAAUUCA